AUGAUUUUCAGAAUCAUUUUGUUCCCAUCAUGUAUCUGUGCCCUGUCUCUCCGCACACACCAGAAUCUUGAAACACACUUUUGCUUUCCAGAGUCGGGGGUCAGCUCUGAUGAUGACGAUGAUGAAGGAGAUGGGAGUUACCUGCACCCGUCUCUCUUUGCUUCCAAGAAGUGUAACCGCCUGGAGGAGCUGAUGAAGCCUCUGAAGGUGGUGGACCCGGAUCACCCCCUUGCCGUGCUGGUCCGUAAAGCCCAGGCCGACAGCCCCGCCCCCACCCCCCCCGCGGCAGAUGGCACCGUGCAGCCCUCCCAGGUCGAGUACACCGCUGACUCGACCGUGGCCGCCGUGUACUACAGCUACUACAUGCUGCCCGACGGCACCUACUGUCUGGCGCCGCCCCCGCCGGGGGUCGACGUGGCCGCCUACUACAGCACCCUGCCUGCUGGGGGGGCCACCGCCGCCCCGCCACCCCCCGGGACCACGCCCCCACCCCCCCCAACCACAGCAGAGACCAGUAGCGGGGUGACCGCCACCCUCACCACAAGUGCACUUGCUCCCGUGGCGGCCAUCAUCCCCCCGCCCCCCGACAUUCAGCCUGUGAUCGACAAGCUGGCAGAAUACGUGGCUCGCAACGGCCUCAAGUUUGAGACUAGCGUCCGUGCCAAGAACGACCAGAGGUUCGAGUUCCUGCAGCCCUGGCACCAGUAUAACGCCUACUACGAGUUCAAGAAGCAGUUCUUCCUCCAGAAGGAAGGGGGCGACAGGGCACAGGCUGUGUCAGCACCAGAAGAGGCUCCUGCAGAAUCUGCUCCCGAAAAGCCGAGUGACGGUGGGGAGGAGGGUGUGUGUGAAGACUCGGCCGACGCAGCGAGAGGCGGCCCCACGGGGAAGAAGGAGGCGUCAUCCAGUAAGACUGUGGCAGACGGGAAGCUGGUCAAAGCUUCAUUUGCUCCAAUAAGCUUUGCAAUCAAGGCCAAAGAAAAUGAUCUACUUCCCCUGGAAAAAAAUCGUGUUAAGCUAGAUGAUGACAGUGAUGAUGAUGAAGAAGGCAAAGAAGGCCAAGAAAGUUCUAGUAGUGCUACAAACACUAACCCGGCAGUUACCCCACCCUGUGUAGUUGUUGAGGAGAAGCGGCCUCAACUUACCCAGGAGGAGCUAGAAGCGAAGCAAGCAAAGCAAAAGCUGGAGGACCGACUUGCAGCUGCUGCCAGAGAGAAGCUGGCCCAGGCGUCUAAGGAAUCGAAGGAGAAACAGCUUCAAGCAGAACGUAAAAGGAAAGCAGCUUUAUUUUUGCAAACCUUAAAAAAUCCUCUGCCAGAAGCAGAAGUCGGAAAAGUUGAGGAAAAUCCUUUCAGCGUGGAGGAAGCCAGUACUGUGUCUUGUGCGCUACCGGCCGGAGGCAGACCUUUGCCAGCUUCAGACGUUAAACCCCCAGAAGGGCCCUCCAGCAAAAGUAGAGACCCACCGAGGGAAGAAGAGAAGGAGAGGAAGAAGAAAAAGCACAAAAAGCGGUCUCGCACAAGGUCGCGCUCCCCCAAGUACCACUCAUCCUCCAAAUCCAGGCCCAGGUCCCACUCGAAAGCAAAGCACUGUCUCCCCAGUGCCUAUCGGACUGCGCGGCGCUCCAGGUCGCGAUCCCGGUCUCCUCGGAGAAGAGCACACUCUCCCGAGAGACGGAGGGAAGAAAGGAGUGUCCCCACGGCCUACCGGAUGAGUAACAGCCCGGGCGUCAGCAGGAAGCGGACCCGGUCCAGAAGCCCCCACGAGAAGAAGAAGAAGAGGCGCUCACGGUCACGGACCGAGUCCAAGGCCGGGUCCCAGUCGGCAUCCCCGAGCAAGCAGGCCACACGCCGGCACACGGCCCACUCGGCCAGCAUCUCUCCCGUGGAGAGUCGGGGCUCCAGCCAGGAGCGCUCCAGGGGAGUUUCUCAGGAAAAAGACGGCCAGAUCUCCUCGGCAAUUGUCUCCUCCGUGCAGAGCAAAAUAACUCAGGAUCUCAUGGCCAAAGUGAGGGCGAUGCUCGCCGCUUCCAAGAACAUGCAGACCAGUGCCUCCUGAGACGCGGGCGUCGUGCUGGCCCAGCGCCCGGGCUGUGGGGCCGGAGAGCCAAGCAGCUCCCGCGUGCACAGACCCAUCCAACGCCGUCCACAUUCUCCCCCAGGGACGCCCCUGGGCAGUUGGUGGUUUUUGUAAAUUAAUUUUUGAUGACAUUUUCAGUUUAAGAUUUUUGACCAGCAGUCUCUUACCUGUAUAUUUGUAAAUAAUAUCAUGUUUCUGUGAAAAUGUAUUAUCAAAUAAAAUGGGAGGAAAACACCUUUUCUAGCUAGCGA